UUCACAUAACUCCUCAUUUUCUCCUUUCUGUCCAUCAUUGGUUUCCUCUCAUUUCACUCAUUAUUUCUCAAACCAGAAUCUUUUCCCUUGUUUCUGCAAAACCCACAAAACCUCUCUCUCUCUCUCUCUCUCUCUCUCUCUCUCUCUCUGUUCUUGCAUUCCCACUGUGCCCAUGAUUUCUACAACAAAUGCACAAUCUUUGUUAACUUGAGCCAAAAAUGUCUGAAAGUCCUGCAAAAGUGCGUCUAGUUCGCUGCCCCAAAUGUGAAAAUCUGCUCCCUGAGGUUACUGAAUAUGCAGUUUAUCAGUGUGGCGGUUGUGGUGCUGUUCUUCGUGCAGAGAAUAAACGUAUUGACUCCGGUAUGUCUUCUGAGAAAUCCGGUGAUGAAAACGAUACGAUUUCAAACAAAAACUCGAAAGAAUCAGCGAAUCUCGAUUUCUCAAAUAGAAGUGUUAACAACAUGAGUUUAGGGUCCGAAAACGGUGUCAAAUCUAAUGGAAGUUCCGGUAGGAGACCCGGUAAAGACAGCAGUAACAAUAUAGAGUUUGAAGAACCGAAACCCGUAUUUGGAAGUAUCAAAAACGGGUCACGAAGAUCGGUUCGGGCCUCGAAUAGGAGGUACCACGAGACCGAUCUUCAAGAAGGUUCAUCAAGUUACCAUUAUGCUGAGCUAGUUCAAGACACGAAUGGUCUUGAGGUUGACGAUGAUCAGGCCGAGCUUUUAAGGAAAUUAGAUGAACUCAAAUAUGAAAUUGUUCGGUCUCGUGAUAAAUCUCAAGAAGCAGUUCCGAUGCAUCAUCAUAAUGUUUCGUCUUAUAUGCAUCAUACGAAUCAUUCUUUAAUGGCUAAUUCGAAUCAAGUUCAAGUCUUUAGCGAUCCGUUUAGGUCGCAAAAUCAUAGAAGAAACCCGAUUUUGCCUUUUGAACAACACCAGUAUCACCCGUAUUAUUCCGGGCAAUAUGUUGGUAACGAGAUGACCGAUAAUCGACUGUUCCACCACCCUUCUUGUUCUUGUUUAGUUUGCUACAAUAAACACCAACAAGCACCACCGCCUCCACCACCACAACCACCGCCACCGCCUAUAGCACCGCCUGUUUUGCAAACCGAUCCGGUUUUCCACCGCCAUGAUUACAACCGUCGGUUCUCCAAUCUUUCUUUGAACUCUCAUACUUCCGAACCCCGCUCAAGAUGGUCUAGUGAAAUCCGCCGUCCUCCACGAGGAAUCUUAGCCACCGGAGUGAGGCGGUGCCGCCCUGUGGCUGGUGGUUCUCCAUUCGUGUCGUGUUGUACAUGUUACGAAUUGCUCCAAGUACCCAAACCAAAUACAAAGAAAAUGAGAUGUGCGGCGUGUUCCGAAGUGAUGUUGCUUUCGAUCGUCAAUAAACGACUCGUUCUUUCUGUUUAUAAAGAAACCAAUAAACAUUCCGAGAAAUUAAAAGACGAUCGUAAGACUCACGGACACGCAAAAUGGGGCGGUACCGAAUUUUCUUCGGAAGAUUACGACAAUUCCGGAAAUUACGACUUUGAGUCAAUGGAUAAGUUGCAAUUAGGAGGCACGGGUUUGACUUCCUAUAAAUCUGCCGUGUCGUACGCAUCAGAAGAUGAAAUCAAAGUCAACAUUAUUUUAGACGAAAAUCCUGUUGAUGUAGCGACAAACGCUAAUAAACCAUCUCCACCGCCCUCGGGGUCACCGUUGCAAGAUCAUUUCGAGUAUUCAACGAAGUAUAAUCGAGCAGGAAAAGGAAACGUAAGCCGUAGGUCUGAAAUUGAACGGGAUGAAAAGCCCGUUAAUUUAGGGUCCCACGGGAGCUCCAUGAAAGACGCUGCAGUGGCAAGUGAGAUCGAUAUCUCAUCUAACGAAUAUUGCGUCAACACCGGCACUUCUCAAGAAUCUGGCGAUACAAAUAGGGAUACGCAUCAACGAAGAGGAAACUUUGUGGGUAUGAUCAAGAAAAGCUUUAGGGAUUUCUCGAGGUCAAGUCAACAUGUUGACCAGGGAAACGUCAAUGUGACGGUCAACGGGCAUCCUAUACCGGAUCGCUUGGUCAAGAAGGCUGAAAAGCUUGCUGGACCAGUACUGCCCGGCGAUUAUUGGUAUGACCCGAGAGCUGGAUUCUGGGGUAUGAUGGGUUGCCCUUGUCGUGGCAUAAUUCCGCCAUUUAUUGAAGAAUUCAAUUAUCCAAUGCCGGAAAAAUGUGCGGAUGGAAACACAAAUGUUUUUGUGAACGGGAGAGAGCUUCAUCAAAAAGAUUUGGAUUUGCUUGUGCGUAGAGGACUCCCGGCAGAUGCAGAUAGAUCUUAUGUUAUUGAGAUAUCUGGGAGAGUGCUUGAUGAGGAGUCGGGUUUAGAGCUUGAAGGCCUUGGUAAACUUGCCCCAUCGGUGGAGCGCAAGAAGCAAGGAUUUGGAAUGAAACCUCCAAGAACAACUGAUGUGUAACGGGCUCAUGAAACUCAACGGGGUCGCAAAUAUAGCUUUAGAUUUUUGUGUAUCGAUGUGUUUGCGAUACGCGGGUGAUUUUUUCUUUAUAGUAGGAUUUAUGGUUUUCGGUUUCGAGUUUGUUCUAGAUGUGUGGUUUGCUGUGUUUUGUUUUGUAUAUAUCUUCAAGUUAACAGUCAGUUAAGCCUCAUAUGUUGAUGGGUUUUUCGUGUGGUUUGGAUAUUUGAUCCAUGACCCGAUAAAUUGACGUGUCUAAAUGGUGGAUUAAUCCUAUCAUUGUCUUAAGCGUUAUAAUAUUAAUUUUAAUUUGUUGUAA